AUAUCUUUAUUGGAAAAAAAGGAAGAAUGCAAAGUUGCAAACAGUUACACUUGCCUCCAAAAUCUUGAACUGAGAGUGGUUGCCAAGAAAAAAGCCCUUUAUUAAACCCCCCUCUUUUACAUUUUCUCUCUUUCCUCACCAUAGAAAUCUCCAAAACCUCUCUCUCUGUGUGUGCAAAUUAUGUCUUUAAUCAGUGAAAAAUCCCCCAAAGACUGCGCCAGCAAGAAAGCAAGCAAGAAGCUCUACUUAUACCUCACCACACUCCUCCUCACUCUAAUAUCCGUGAUCUUCAUAAUCUGGCUCAUCCUCCACCCCUCAAAGCCUCACUUCUCGCUGAGGGAAGCCGACAUCAACCAGCUCAACCUCUCCCUCGGGCCAUCCCUCCUCAACUCCUCCAUCCAAAUCACCCUCCAAUCCCACAAUCCUAACACGAAAGUAGGGAUCUAUUACGACGACUUCCUUCUCUACGCCUCCUACAAAGGCCAGAAGAUCACUCCAGAGGCUUCAAUCUUCCCUUUCUACCAAGACCACCACGAGACCAACCUCCUCAGCGCCUCGCUGGUCGGAAUCCAGCUCCCUGUGGGCCCGUCCUUCGUGUACGAGGUGCAGCGCGAUCAGGGGGCAGGGAGGCUGGCAUUGAGCCUCAAGGGGAUGGGGCAGCUGAGGUGGAAAGUGGGGAGUUGGGUGUCGGGGAGGUAUCGGUUCAUUGUCAACUGCGUGGCGAUUAUGCCGCUUGGGCCUACUAUACCUUCUCUGCCAUUGAGCUCAAGGCAGAGCUCACAGUGUUCUACUUCUAUGUAAUGGGAAUGUGAGACUGGGGAGAUAGAUGGAGUCUUGAUGCAUCAAUCAUUAUUUGAUUAGCUUAUGGUUUCUUGGUGGAUUUAGUGUUGAAAUUUUGCUACUAUUAAUUAAUUACAGAUAUACUUAAUAAUAAUGGAGAUAGGAAGAUCGUAUCCAUUUUUUUUAUGGUUUUGUAUGUUAUGGAAGAAAGAACAAGUGGGAUUGAUGGUGUGUUUUUGGUCUUUACCAUUUGGUGGUAGAUGGGAUUUUUCAGUAAAGAUAAUAAAAAGUAAUGAAAUGAAAUUUUGCUGCUUUCUUGAUUGA